CUGAGUGCAUUCUCCUUCUUUUUCUACGGUUACCAUGUGCACGAGAAGGCCUUAUUGCUGGUUGCAAUCCCCUUACUGAUUGUAGCUCUAACGGAUCCGAAAUACGUCCAAUUAGCAGUUUUAUUCUCCAUCAUCACGUGCACCUCGUUGUUCCCUCUACUUUUCACGUUAUUUGAGAUACCCAUAAAGUAUUGUUUGGCAACUACGUACACAUUGCUACUUUUUCUUGUAAUCAGAUAUGCUUUCAAUAUCAAAGUAGGGUCGAUCCUUUCUAUCCAAGCUAUUGUGUAUAUCUGUGGUCUGGUAAUACUCGAGCUAAAUGCUUCUAUGAUCCACAAGGCUAUAUUUGGCGAAAAAUUCGCCUUUCUUCCACUUAUGCUCAUAUCCGUCUACAAUGCUGUUGGUGUACUAGCCUGCUACAUCUGGUUGAUACUGCUCAUAUAUGAUGACGACAUCAUGAUAACCUUCAAAAAGAAGCGUUGUGAACUAACAGAGGGACUCAUAAAAGCAGGACUCUAUUCGGUGCAGGCAGUGGAAUCGCUGGAUGAAAUUGAAAUGAUUGGCGGCAUUGAUAUAUCUGCAUCAAAAACGAACCAAGAUUUUGCAGUAGUGGCAUUUAAUGUGUUUGAAUAUCCUAGUAUGAAGCAAGUUGCGAUCUUCCAUGAUGUCAUGGUUAUAACUGAACCAUACAUAACAGAUUACUUGGCUAUACGUGAAGCAGCGCCAAUCUCAGAUUUCAUUAACAGAACUCUUGAAGACAAUCCCCAUUUGCGGCCAGAUGUUAUAAUCUGCGAUGGAAAUGGGAAAUUUCAUUUGCGAGGUAAUUUACUCUUUUCUCUUGAGCCUGGUCGUGAUUUUGAGGACAUCGUUAGGCUGUCUUGGGUGUCAACGGUUUGA